UUCAAGAUCAGUCGCAAUUAAGUCAAGACCACGCACAGUGUGUCGAGCCCAUACAAAAGUUUAUCAUAAAUACUUGCAGCUAAGUUUUUGGAGUUUUAAUAUCUUUUUUUGUGUUUUUAUGGCAGGAAUAGAAAAAAAAUUACAAGUUAACAAAUUAAACAACCUAUUACUUUUUUUUUUAGUAUAAUUUAUGAAAUUAUCAUUUAUUGAAGAAGCCACUUGUGAGCAAAAUUAAUUUUUUUUUUAUAUAUAAACAAAAAUAUACUUUUCGUAAGGUUUUUGGUGUGCUGAUCUCGAAUCCGAACUCAGAAAAAUUCUAUCAUAUCACGUUUUUGAAAUAUUCCCGUUAGAAAAUCUGAAAUGUCGUUUUUUAACAGUUUUUGGGGUUAUGUUCUUGAACGUGGUGAUUUAUUUUAAAUAAAUUUGUGACAGUUUCUAAAAGAACUAAAUGUUUUCUUUUAAAGCCCGUUUAAAUCUUUUCAAUAUCUUUUUUCUACUUUGAGAAAUCUUAAGUUGAAGUCAACUUGUUUUGUUUAUCUUCUUUAUACAAAAAAAUCGUAUAAUCCAGUCAAAUAAGGGUUUAACCUCGGAAUGAAUGUUAGUAGAAAUUUUUUUUGCUCAAUAUCUUCCUUUUGCCAUUCUAUAACAUAUCUCAAAAGUCUAGAAAAAUCUCAUGUCCGCUUGUCGCGAUUUCAAGGUCAAAUCGCGAAAUGGAGAUUUUCAAAACUAGCAAAAAUAGGCUAUGGUAUUAUAUACACAUAUGAUACAUGAUUUCAAGGUAUUUUUUAAUGAUGAUUCCAAAAAAUCUAAAAUCAAGACAAUCUGACGUCUCUGGAAAAAGUUAUACCUGUUUUUCAUCUGUCAACUCAUAUUAUUAUAACAGUUGCAAACUUACUGCCGAAAAACCCUUAAAAGUUAUGAUAGAUGAACCAAAUUUUGCAUGAAGAUUUUAGAAUCCAUCAUUAUUAAAAAUCAAAACAAUCCAUUACAAAAAAUAUAUAUACCUACGAAAUAAUGGUAUUUUUUGAUGGAGCGGCAAAUUUUGGGAUAUGCACUAAAGAAGAUUCUUGUUCAUCUUAGGAAAAAGUGCUAAUAGGCUAAUUUUUUCAUUUUAAUCUUUGUUUGGAUAUUCUUUAACUACCCUCAAAAAUCUAAAAAAAUCUCAUGUCCGCAAGUCCUAAUUUUCUUGGUUUGAAAAUAAGGUGCAGAUUUUAAAAAAUUAAUAAGAAAAGUUUAAAUUUUUAUAUGUAUACCAACAUAAGCGACAUGAUUUAAAGGUAUUUUUUAACACUUAUUCCAACAAAACUCACAAACAAGUCAACCUGACCAUCCCUGAAAAGUAAUGCACCUUAUUCAUGUUGAUCUGACACAAAUAUCUGAAGUGUAGUUUUUCAAUUUUUUUAAAUCUGCAACUUAUCUUCAAACCAAGAAAAUUGGGACUUCCGGACAUGAGAUUUUUUUAGAUUUUUGAGGGUAGUUAAAGAAUAUCCAAACAAAGAUUAAAAUGAAAAAAUUAGCCUAUUAGCACUUAUUCCUAAGAUGAACAAGAAUCUUCUUUAGUGCAUAUCCUAAAAUUUGCCCCUCCAUCAAAAAAUACCAUUAUUUCGUAGGUAUAUAUAUUUUUCGUAAUGGAUUGUUUUGAUUUUUAAUAAUGAUGGAUUCUAAAAUCUUCAUGCAAAAUUUGGUUCAUCUAUCAUAACUUUUAAGGGUUUUUCGGCAGUAAGUUUGCAACUGUUAUAAUAAUAUGAGUUGACAGAUGAAAAACAGGUAUAACUUUUUCCAGAGACGUCAGAUUGUCUUGAUUUUAGAUUUUUUGGAAUCAUCAUUAAAAAAUACCUUGAAAUCAUGUAUCAUAUGUGUAUAUAAUACCAUAGCCUAUUUUUGCUAGUUUUGAAAAUCUCCAUUUCGCGAUUUGACCUUGAAAUCGCGACAAGCGGACAUGAGAUUUUUCUAGACUUUUGAGAUAUGUUAUAGAAUGGCAAAAGGAAGAUAUUGAGCAAAAAAAAUUUCUACUAACAUUCAUUCCGAGAUUUACCCCUUUUUUCUCCUUAUUUUACUGUAUUAGUAUGUUUAUUUGCGUUUCAUAGCAAAUCUCGAAUAGUUUUUUGUCAAUCGCUUUCAAAUUUUGAAAUAACGUUUUAUUAGCAUUUUCGUAAAUACUUAUAUCGGCGAGGUUGGUAAAUACGCUAUAAUACACAGUAGAGCGUGGCCGGGUCAAGUAAUUAUAUUAAAAAUCUAGUAUGCAGAAAAAUAUAAUUUUUUUCUUGUUGAAAACAAUAUUUAAAAUAUUUUUAAUUACAUAAACAGCUUUUUGUUACUUGUGUAUGGCUAAAAAUUAUUAAAAACAUCGAUUUUUUCAUUUUUGUGAUCCCCUUGAAGAUGUUUCUCAAAAAAUGAAUUAUUUUGAGUACUUGACUCGUAGCACAUAAAUGUGAAUAUCUCUGGUAAUCGCAAACAGAAGCAGACCAAACUUUGCCAAUAUUAAGUAUAAGCCUAUGGCAAAAUAAUAUAAAAAAAUUAUCGAUAUGAUUUAAUAAGUAUUUUUUUAAAUUAAGUUUAAAAAUUAAAUUUUUUUUUUUUUGGCCAUUUAUCAAAGAAAUUUUAAUAACUCAUAUAUAAUUUUAUAAAUUUAAUUUUUUUUUGUUAUACGUUUUACAACAACACUCAAAUAAACAAAAUAACAUUAACAAAAUUUUUCAAACAAUUACCAAACGUGAAAUAUAUACUCUCAAAGAUUCCCAUAAAUUCCUCAAAAUAUUUUCAAUUUCCGAGGUACUCAUGUUUCGGAGCUUAUUUUGAAUACAUAACCUGGGUUAUUUUGUAAGAUAAAUAUGUUUUCAUAUGAGUUGACACUUCUAAAUUAUAUUUUAAUAGCAAAAAUAUUAAUUUUUAACAAAAAAAAAAGUGAUUUAUCAUAAGGGGACGACACACUGUGCCACGGUUGGAAUCAUGAAUCUGAAAUAUCAAUUGUUCAUUUUAAUUAUUACUAUUUUUAGUCAGUUUUGUACUGCAAGUAAAUUCAAUAAAAGUCUGUCCGAUUAUGAAGUCGGUUGUGAGGUGUACAAUUUAGAAAAUAGUGCUUCUGGUUACAACGAUUUUUUCGAAAUUAGUUCUAUAAAUAAAAAAAUUGAAAAAAAAAACGAACGAUUGCAUUUUAAGUUCUACGUAAUAAGAAUAACUGAUGGAUAUGUAUACAUAAGGCUUUCAGAAGUUGAUAAUCGAGGAUGGUUAGAUGAAAAUAAAAAUCGUGGUUAUGAUAUCGGUCUUGGUCAUCCUUCGUGGGUAAAAGACUCUACAGGUCACAUUGUAUUCAAAGAUUCUCCCAACUUGUUAUCAAAAGUUAAACCAACACCAGUUGAAAUAAUUCAAACAAAAGAUAAUGAGGUGAUUGUAAAUAUACCGGGUUAUUCAGAACCCUUUAUUAAAUAUUCCGAUAAUCAUUCGGUGAAUAUUAAGUUUUUAAGCUUUGAGGGCUAUGAGCAUUUAACAAAAGUUAAAUGGUUCUACAACUGUACAUUCGAUGAAAACUCCUACAUAGGAGACCAAAAGAUUUCUGAAAACGAAGUUAAAACUGUGGAAACCGAAAAAACCGAUGUUAACCAACAACAAUUAUCUGAACAACCAAAAUCAACCUUGAAUCCCACAGAAAAAAACAAUGAAAAACAAUUGACUUCAAAGUUAUCGGCCAUAGAUUCUUGUUUGAAUGACUUAUCUCCGAUACUGGACAAUUUUGAUGUUAAUCAAAUGUUAGAUUUUAAACUAGGAGUUCUUGAACUAAUAAAAAAACUUAAAAACCCUCCAACAACAACAACAGAAAAACCAGUAGCGAUAGAUGUACGGUUUGGUAGUCGUGAAAAUGAAGUUAAAACUGUCGAAACCAAAAAAACCAAUGUUAACCAACAACAAUUAUCUGAAGACCAAAAGAUGCCUGAAAAUGAAGUUAAAACUGUCGAAACCAAAAAAACCAAUGUUAACCAACAACAAUUAUCUGAAGACCAAAAGAUGCCUGAAAAUGAAGUUAAAACUGACGAAACCAAGAAAACCAAUGUUAAUCAACAACAAUUAUCUGAAGACCAAAAGAUGCCUGAAAAUGAAGUUAAAACUGUCGAAACCAAAAAAACCAAUGUUAACCAACAACAACUAUCUCAACAACCAAAAUCAACUGCGAAUCCCACUGAAACUCGACCCUUUAGCAGACAUAAUUCAUUUUUUGAUUUGUUAGUUCCAAUGCUGGUCAAAUUUGAUGACAAUAAAAUGUUAGAUUUUAAACUAGGAGUUCUUGAACUAAUAAAAAAACUUAAAAACCCUCCAACAACAACGACAGAAAAACCAGUAGCGAUAGAUGUACGGAUUGAUGAUAGUGAAGAAUCUUCAUGAUCAUGUUCAUAGAUCGUGAAAUAGAUGGUAUUUUGAUGGAAAAAAAUUCACUACUUCACUUGGAAAUCUUAUUUAUUUUUCAUUUUUUUGUAUUGUGAUGAAUUCUUCGUGAAAUUAUUAAAUAAAUAAUUAAUAAUUUGGAAUAAA